AUGGAUUUGUCUGCGUUCUGCCAAAAUAAUCUUCUCUAUACCCAGGAGUCAUUGUCAAGAUACAAACCCGGCGGAUACCACCCAGUCACCCUUGGAGAUACCUUUAAGCAUGGUCGCUACGAAAUCCAUCAUAAGCUAGGAUAUGGGGGGUUUUCGACUGUAUGGCUUGCAAAGGACAGAGAGCGAGAUCAGUGGGUCUCGUUGAAAAUAAUGACCGCAAAUGCGUCGGAAUCGGGGGAGUUGCGAAACCUGAGGCUUCUCCAAAACCAUGCUGGAGGAAGCCUUUCUUCGAAAUAUAUUGUUCAACUGCUUGAUGACUUCACUCACGAUGGCCCUAACGGAGUCCACCAAUGUCUUGUAUUCGAAUUGCUUGGCCCUACAGUUGAUAUGGUUCUCAGAGACUAUCAUGAGGGCCAUGAUAAGCUCGAGCCGGAAGACAUUCUUCGAAUGUCUACACAACUCCUGAAGGCUGUCAGGUUUAUUCAUAGUGCCGGCAUGUGCCAUGGUGGUAAGAGAGUUCUUUCCUAUGGGGGUCUUGUAGUCUGGCGCAGUUGUACUAACCUUGUAUCAGACAUCAGCGGCCGGAACAUGGCAUUUACUUGCAAUACGCUGUUGAACUCACUCGACAAAGAGUUUUUCGAUGUUCUUGGGUUCCCAAAGAUCGAGCUGCUAGCCCGUAUUGAUGGCGCACCUUUAGACAACGGGUUGCCGACCCAGUUGGUUGAGGCAGCGGAAUGGGUCGAUUGGACUGACGAGGACGUGGAAGAUAUUCGGCUCCUUGAUUUUGGAGAGAGUUUCCUCAAGGGGGAGCAGCCUGAGAAGCUGGCCCAGCCGGAUAAUUUGCGGGUACCUGAGACGCUCUUCACGGACUGCUUUGAUUAUCGCCUCGAUUUGUGGCGUGCAGGUUGCAUGAUUUACGCUUUCGUGUUCACGAUCUAUCCAUUUUGGUUUGACGAAGAGGAAUAUCUGGUUUUCCAAAUGAUUGGGUUUGUGGAGAGACUGCCAGUCGAGUGGGAGUCUCAGUGGAAAGAAAUGAAGACCAGAUCUGGCCGUGAUUUGGAGAUAAAAGAAGACCACGAAAUGUCGAAGUUUGAACGCAAGUUUGCAAAAAAUGUGCACGAUCCAGAGCUUCAGCCUUUAUUACCAGUGGCUCAAAGAUUAAUACGAUUUCUACCAGCUAGCCGCAUUAGCGCAGCCGAGGCACUUGAGAUGUUAUGCGACAAAACGCAGGAAUAG